AUGAAGAAGAUCGGCAUUGGGCUGACUGCGUUUGGCGUGCUCUUCUCGUUUCUCGGAGUCGUCUUCUUCUUUGAUAAAGGGCUGCUAGCCAUGGGGAAUAUCUUGUUCCUCGCGGGUGUGACGCUCACAAUCGGUCUGCAAUCCACCAUCUCCUUCUUCACUAGGCGAAGAAACAGAAAGGUGGGAUUCGUCUGCCUCCCUCUGUGUGCCAUCUGCCUCCCUCUGCGUGACGUCUGCCUCCCUCUGUGUGACGUCUGCCUCCCUCUGUGUGUCAUCUGCCUCCCUCUGCGUGACGUCUGCCUCCCUCUGCGUGACGUCUGCCUCCCUCUGCGUGACGUCUGCCUCCCUCUGCGUGACGUCUGCCUCCCUCUGUGUGCCGUCUGCCUCCCUCUGCGUGCCAUCUGCCUCCCUCUGCGUGACGUCUGCCUCCCUCUGUGUGACGUCUGCCUCCCUCUGUGUGACGUCUGCCUCCCUCUGUGUGCCGUCUGCCUCCCUCUGUGUGACGUCUGCCUCCCUCUGCGUGACGUCUGCCUCCCUCUGUGUGACGUCUGCCUCCCUCUGCGUGACGUCUGCCUCCCUCUGUGUGCCAUCUGCCUCUGCGUGACGUCUGCCUCCCUCUGCGUGACGUCUGCCUCCCUCUGCGUGACGUCUGCCUCCCUCUGUGUGCCGUCUGCCUCCCUCUGCGUGCCAUCUGCCUCCCUCUGCGUGACGUCUGCCUCCCUCUGUGUGACGUCUGCCUCCCUCUGUGUGACGUCUGCCUCCCUCUGUGUGACGUCUGCCUCCCUCUGUGUGCCGUCUGCCUCCCUCUGCGUGACGUCUGCCUCCCUCUGUGUGCCAUCUGCCUCCCUCUGCGUGACGUCUGCCUCCCUCUGUGUGACGUCUGCCUCCCUCUGCGUGACGUCUGCCUCCCUCUGUGUGCCAUCUGCCUCCCUCUGCGUGACGUCUGCCUCCCUCUGUGUGACGUCUGCCUCCCUCUGUGUGCCAUCUGCCUCCCUCUGCGUGACGUCUGCCUCCCUCUGCGUGACGUCUGCCUCCCUCUGCGUGCCGUCUGCCUCCCUCUGCGUGCUGUCUGCCUCCCUCUGCGUGACGUCUGCCUCCCUCUGUGUGACGUCUGCCUCCCUCUGUGUGACGUCUGCCUCCCUCUUUGUGCCGUCUGCCUCCCUCUGUGUGCCGUCUGCCUCCCUCUGUGUGCCAUCUGCCUCCCUCUGCGUGACGUUUGCCUCCCUCUGUGUGACGUCUGCGUCUGCCUCCCUCUGUGUGCCAUCUGCCUCCCUCUGCGUGACGUCUGCCUCCCUCUGCGUGACGUCUGCCUCCCUCUGCGUGACGUCUGCCUCCCUCUGCGUGACGUCUGCCUCCCUCUGUGUGCCAUCUGCCUCCCUCUGCGUGACGUCUGCCUCCCUCUGCGUGACGUCUGCCUCCCUCUGUGUGACGUCUGCCUCCCUCUGUGUGCCGUCUGCCUCCCUCUGUGUGACGUCUGCCUCCCUCUGUGUGCCCUCUGUCUCCCUCUGA